AUGCAUUCUCAUUUGCUAAACUUACGGGUCUUUAGCUCCCACACUCUAAGCUCUCAUGCCAAGCCUAGUAGUACCUUGAUUCACAAAGCAAACUCUCAUGCCAAGCUUGUGCAACAUCAAUGCACCAUUUUCAACUCUUCGUCAAGCUGCCGAAAACAUCAGCACAAAACACGCAGCCGCUGGAAGAAGAACAAAGUACUCCCAUGGGACUUGCUUCUCCCUCGGGGUACUUUGGGCCUAGUUCUUGCUAACUCAGAAAAAGGGGCAUUGAAGGCUUGA